CUCUCUCGGUUUUCGUGUUCAAUUUCAUCUUUUGUUAAAAACCCAUUGUCUCUCCCCUUCCAAGAUAGAAGAAAACAGAAAACAAAGAAAGCAGCUUGGCUCAAAGCACUUUGAGAUCUGUCUGUUUUUGUUCGUUCUUGCUUUUGGUUUCUUUGAGUUGUUAAAUUCUACUUCCUGGAUUCUUGCUCUGGUUCUUGAAUCUUUGGAAGAUUUCAAGUUGUGGUUCAAGUUCAAUCAAAAUGGGAAGCAAAUGGAGAAAAGCAAAAUUAGCUUUGGGUUUAAAUCUUUGUGCGUAUGCACCAAGAACUCUAGAGGACUUACCACCACCUGCAAGUGAGAGACUAUCUGAUGCUGCUUUGCUUUCACCUGCAAACUGGGACUCAAGGCCAAUGACACCUACACCAUCUUCACACGGUCUGAGGUUGUCCAAGAGUGGAAGCAAAUCAUCAAAGCAAACCUGCUCAAUAUGCCUGACCAUGAUGAAACAAGGAGGCGGCCAUGCUAUUUUUACUGCAGAGUGCUCACAUUCCUUCCAUUUCCAUUGCAUUGCUUCAAAUGUAAAACAUGGAAACCAAAUUUGUCCAGUUUGCCGAGCAAAAUGGAAAGAAAUCCCCUUGCAGGCUCCCAGUUUGGACCCUUUGCCUGCUAGAGCAUCCAUCAAUGCACUAGGUUGGCCUCAAAAUGAUGCUUUGAUGACUGUCGUCCGAAGGUUACCUCCUCGUCGAGAUCUGAAUCGAAGGCACAUUGUCCCAUUACUUCAGGCUCCUGAGCCAAGUGUAUUUGACGAUGAUGAAUCAUUAGAUCUCCAACCUGUUUUUGCUGAUAGGAGUUCUGGCAAUAAUAAAAAUGCUGCAGAUCACAAUUCUGCUAGAACUAUAGAGAUCAAGAAGUAUCCAGAAGUUUCAGCUGCAUCGCGAUCCAAGUCAUAUGAUAACUUCACUGUCUUGGUCAAUCUUAAAGCUGCUGCUACAAUUAUAAGACAGGAUCCUAGAAGAAACCAGGCUAGCUUGCCUCAAAUCUCGCAAGCUCCUCGUGCCCCAGUUGACCUAGUCACAGUGCUUGACAUCAGUGGUAGCAUGGCAGGUACAAAGCUAGCAUUGCUAAAACGAGCCAUGGGGUUCGUAAUACAGAACCUUGGCUCCAAUGACAGGCUCUCAGUUAUCGCCUUUUCUUCCACUGCCCGCCGCCUCUUCCCCCUCCGUCGAAUGUCUGAUACGGGCCGUCAGCAUGCACUUCAAGCUGUCAAUUCUUUGGUUGCAAAUGGUGGAACUAAUAUUGCUGAAGGCCUGAGAAAGGGAGCGAAAGUAAUGGAAGACCGAAGGGAAAAGAAUCCUGUGGCAAGUAUAAUACUGCUAUCAGAUGGGCAGGAUACUUAUACUGUCAGUGGUUCUGGUGGUAACCAACCUCAGCCAAAUUACUCGUUGCUCCUCCCUCUGUCUAUUCAUGGCAGUGAAACUGCAGGGUUUCAGAUUCCAGUGCAUACUUUUGGCUUUGGUGCAGACCAUGAUGCUUCAUCAAUGCAUUCAAUUUCAGAAAUUUCAGGAGGCACCUUUUCUUUCAUUGAGACUGAAGCUGUAAUACAGGAUGCAUUUGCACAAUGCAUUGGGGGACUUUUAAGCGUUGUGGUGCAGGAGCUGCAGGUGGCAGUGGAGUGUGUGCACCCAAGUAUCCACCUUGUCUCACUGAAAGCAGGAAGUUACCCAAGUCGUGUGAUGGCUGAUGCACGUACAGGGUUUAUUGAUGUCGGAGAUCUUUAUGCUGAUGAAGAGAGGGAUUUUCUGGUUUCAGUCAAUGUCCCAGCUGUCUCUUCUGGAAAUCAAACACCACUAAUAAAGGUGAGAUGUGUUUACAAGGAUCCUUUAACUAAAGAAAUCAAAACAUUAGAAACUGAAGAACUUAGGCUUGAGAGGCCUGAAACAUCUGAAGAAGGAGCAUUGUCAAUUGAAGUCGACAGGCAACGCAACAGACUUCAAGCAGCUGAGGCAAUGUCACAGGCAAAAACUGCAGCUGAGCAGGGAGAUCUGGCUGGUGCAGUUUCUAUCCUUGAAAAGUUCAGAAGGGUGUUGUCAGAAACUAUAUCAGCUAAAUCCCAUGAUCGAUUAUGCAUUGCAUUAGAUGCAGAGCUCAAGGAGAUGCAAGAGAGGAUGGCAAGUAGGCAUGUGUAUGAAGCAUCUGGUAGAGCUUAUAUUCUUUCAGGUCUGAGCUCACAUUCAUGGCAAAGAGCAACAGCAAGAGGAGACUCAACUGAUGGUUCAAGUCUUGUUCAGGCUUAUCAAACCCCAUCAAUGACUGAGAUGCUUACUCGAUCUCAGGCUAUGUUACUUGGUAGUCCAUCAGCUCAGAGGCUUGUCCAGCCAUAUUGGUCAUUUGGAUCACAGCCAAAUCCAAGGAUUAUGCUAUUUUUGGCCAUGUUGAAUCAAGAGUUGCUUCUCUUCUUGCUUCUUUCUCUCAUGCCUGUGCAUAUAUCAUGCAUAUGUAUUGACAGUAGCAUGUGCGUAACAUUUGAUCAUUUGGUUCUCCAUUUGAACAAGAAAAUGGAUUGUACAUCUCCAUUUCUUUGCAUGAAAGUGGGUAAAGAAAUAAAAGAGAGAGGAUAAUGAUUUAUUCUGUUUC